AUGACUUCAUUAAAACACCCGCAACCAACAUCUAAUAAUAGUAUGCCAACUCCAACAACUGCCGCUGCAUCUCCAGAUUUAGAUGUCAACAAGAUCCCUAUGGUCACACCAAGACCAUCCACAGUCAACUUACCACAAAGUAUCCCACAACCACCACCAACUAUAACACAAGCCAUGCGUAAUAAGAGUGGGUUACCAGAUUGUUUACCUCAAGUCAAGUGUUUAGCUAGAGCCCGAAUCCCAACCACUCAAGGUCCAGAUAUAUUUUUGCAUUUGUAUGAAAACAAUGUUGAUAACAAAGAACAUUUAGCCAUAGUAUUUGGUGAAGAUAUUCGUUCUCGUUCAUUAUUCAAGCGUUAUCCUGGUGAAACCCAACAAGAUAGAAUGACCAGGGGUGCUUAUGUUGGAAGAUUGACUCCAGGAAGAACCAUUGCUGAUACUGAUGGUACCAAUGAAUUGAAGUUUGAUUCCGAAGGCAAUUUGAUCAUAGAUAACUUGACAUACACAGACCCAACAUUGGUAAGAAUACACAGUGAGUGUUACACAGGAGAAACAGCUUGGAGUGCACGUUGUGACUGUGGGGAACAAUUUGACGAAGCCGGAAGAAUUAUGGGAGAGGCUGGUCAUGGAUGUAUGGUUUAUUUAAGACAGGAAGGUAGAGGCAUUGGUUUGGGAGAAAAAUUAAAGGCGUACAACUUGCAAGAUCUUGGAGCCGAUACUGUUGAAGCCAACUUAUUAUUGAGACAUCCAGCUGAUGGAAGAAAUUUUUCUUUGGCGACUGCUAUUUUGUUGGACUUGGGAUUGGUUGAAAUCAAAUUGUUGACUAACAAUCCUGAUAAAAUCGUCGCUGUUGAAGGUAAACACCAAGAAGUCAAAGUUUUGGAAAGAGUUCCAAUGGUUCCAUUGAGUUGGAGUAAGAAUGGUGAAAACGGUAUCAAGAGUAAAGAAAUUGAAGGAUAUUUAAGUACCAAGAUCGAAAGAAUGGGUCACUUGUUAGAGAAACCAAUAAAGAUCUAA